AUGGAUGAACAUCUUCGUGAAUUAAUUCGUUAUGUCAGGCGUACAUUCUACGAUCUUCCCAAAUCGCUCGUUCUCGAAUACAUAUUUUACCAUGAUCGCAUUAGACAACAAGAUCUAGCCGAUUGUUUAUGUUUAGAUCCUAAAACAGUUCGUUCAUAUAUUCAAGCAUUUAAACGUGACAAAUUCAUUAUUGAAGAUCAUCGUCUCGAAUCCAAUGAUGGAACGAAUAGUCAACAGAAUCAAGAUCAAUAUUAUUAUAGGCUUAACAUCCCAACAUUUAUCAAUAUCGUCAAAUAUCGUCUCAUUCAUAUGCAAACAUACGUGGAAAAUCUCGAACGACAACAAACCACUAAACCAUCGAAUUAUAAAUGUGAACAAUGUCGGAAAGAUUAUACUAAAUUUGAUAUUGGCAAAUUAUCGUUUAGGCAAGAUGCUUGGAUAUGUUCCAGCUGUGGCGAUAAUGUUCAAGAAGACAUUGAAGCAAAAGAAACGUCGACAAUCGGUUGA